AUGGUCAUCGGCUCCCGAAAAAAAAAAAUGUGCUGCGGCGCUGCGGGCGGGAGGCUGGAGGCUUGCCCGGCCCGGCUCCGACGGCGCACCAGGGCUGCUGGGGAACUGCUGUGCGGGGACUACCAGAAAGAAGGGCCAGUUCCCUCAGACCCGCAAACGGGACUGAACAAAAACCAAACUUCUAAAACCGAGCAGCAGGGCACUUUCCGAAGGAUUAUUAUUGAGAAUCCUGAUCAGGAGCCGUUAUCCCCGUUUCUUAGAGCGGGGAAUUUCUUUCCUGGAAAUAAUGUCAUCUAUGAAAAGACAAUAAGAAAAUACGAGCUGUUAAAUCCCCACCAAGAGCAGCAGUAUCAGUUUUCGCGGCAGUGCCAGCUGCCCCAGCAAGCCGAGCCCUGCCAGCCCCUGGAGCAGCCCCAGGUCACUCACCAGUGCCAGCAGACACAGACCGGCAGCCCCUGUGAGAUAAUUCCCGUCUCCCUCAGCGAGGACUGCCGAGGAAACGCCGUGAGGAGGGUGACCGUGCAAACCUGCGAAGCGGUGAAUUGCUCUCAGGAAAAUACUGACCAGCUGGACUGCCGCUACUUUGGGGAGCUCCUCGCUGAACUGAACCGCAAGACCAACGACUUGUACAGCUGUUUGCUUCAGCAUGUGGAGAAGAUAGGAGGAAGAAAAAUGACUGAAGAGAUUGAAGAUUUGAUUCCCAAAGGACUGUCUGAGGCGACAAAGCAGCAGAUUCGUUACCUGCUCCAGAUGAGAGUGACAUCAGAUAAAUCUUUGAGGCUUGUGCUUUCCACUUUCAAGAAUUUACGUGAAGAGCUGUGCCACUUGCAGGAUGACCUGGGGAAGCUGGAAACCGACAAAAAGAAGGAUUUGGCUUUUAAAGAGUCGCAAGUGAAAGAAUAUGAAACCAUGUUGGCUUCUCUGAGAGAGAAUAACCGGCAGCAGCAGCAAGGGCUCAGGGAGAGCACUGCCAAGUGUCGCUCCCUGGAAGAGCAGCUCCUCGCGCUCCGGCUCGGCGAGGGAGAGAAGGAUUGUCAGCUCAAGGAGCUGGAGUACGGCAAGCGGGCCCUGGAGCAGGAGAUCCAGAGCCUUAAACUGCAGGUAACGGAGACCUGCUCUAAUCCAACGCUACAGACCACGACAGAUGAACUCUCCAGCCGUUACGUGGAGAUGCUCAAUAACUUGAGAGAGGAUAAAGAUCGCGAGAUCCGCAGUCUGAGGUCUCAGCUGUGCCAGUUCCAGCAAGAUAUAUCGAGGAGAGACGGCAGUAACAGCGACCUGCAAAUCCGGCUGCACGAACUGACAUCCAUGUUGGAGGAGAAAGAUGCUUUUAUUAAACAACAGCAAGAGGAGCUCUUCAGAUUGAAGCAUGAAAAGUUAUCAGGCAGUCAGUCCCCUGGUGUAACAGCCAUCAUCACUAAGAAGUACAGGAACCAGUAUCCGAUUCUGGGCCUCUUGUCUGAUGACUACAAGGUGACCUCGCCUGUCAAUAAAUCACAGACUAUUGUCAUUGAGAGGACUGGAGAGAUAUGGAAGCACCUUCGCAAGUACUUGUUCGGUGUUUAUGUACUGUCAGCCAAAUCCGUACUUGCAUUUGUUACCGAGUAG